CAACAGCCUGGGCAUAGCUUGCAUCCACUGGUAACUCGGCUAAGCUCUUGGAAUCAAGAGGUACCCAUAUUACGGAGUACACCUGUCACCAGAUCGACGGAUUUCCUUGUCUUGUGGGGCACUGUUCAGCCUGGACCUUCCUCGAUAUCAGUCGCCACUUCCCUUCUUUAAUCUGAUCCUUAUCGUUCCUGCAAUAUUAUAAUAUACACUCCACCGCCAAGCAAGCUUCUUGUCGAAAAACAAACGAGGGGCAUCUCCACAGGUUAGAAUUCGAGACUCCCGCCUCUGCGGACAACAGGAUGAGACAAGAAAACACUGGCUCGUCAUUAAACGGCGAUCCCAGUCGUCACAACCAGAGCAGUCAAAGCACGCGUCUCGAGCCUCCAGACAACUCUUCUCAAACAUCUGACCGACUCGCCGAGGAACUGGUUUAUUACCGAAGCUUUCUCGAACAGCUUCUAGGAGUAGUCCGCAAUGGAGAUCAGGAUACUGUCAACCAGAUGGUUUCCAUGAUACGUUCGGAUGCAUCCCACCAGCAAAUUCUGGCAGCCUUAUCUGAGAACUCCGCCAACGGCGGCCAGACUGCCCAAGGGGCCCGUGGUCGGAAUAAUCACAAUUCAAACUGAAUAUCUUCAACCCUGUUAUGCCUCGCAUACCCAGCAGGUUGUCCGCAUGACGCAUGAUCGUUUGAUAAGGUCUUCACAAGGUGUCCUGGUCCCCUUUGAACGCAGAUGAAGGAGGUGGGAUACAGCUAGACGAGUUAUUCGUAUAUCUUUCUGUCUAGUAUCAUAUUAGUCGGGUCUUUCAAGUCAAGGAAAGUCUACCUAUCUAUCGUCUCACAUAUCCUACCAGAGAGAGCCGCCACCGGCAGCUUAGAUGGCCGCCGUGUGCUGAGAGAACGCUGUGUACGAUCCUUAAGACCAGCGAAUGUCUCGCACCAGGUACUGUGUUGCGAUCGGGCUCUGGUUGCACCAGCCUAUCUCAAUUAGCAUACUGUAUUCCUAGUGGGGCCAUGGUAACCGUCCCUAUGGACAUAGUUUGCUUUUUCAAUGGAGGCUGGCCUUGGACGCACCAUUAUCCAUAUCUGCCCUCUACACUUUU